AUGCGCGGGAUGCAUCAGCAAGAGCGAACAGAAGCUUCCGUCGAGAACAAAGUGAAGGAUCUGCUCAAGAAUGCUCAGGUUGAACAACAAAGACUCGCCAAGCAACUUUCGCAGCCGCCAUCAUCGUACCUCUCUUCUGCUUUGAAGCCUGUUCGCGCUUCGCAGUCACUGCCUGGUUCACGGAUGAUGGGACGAGUAUCUAAUCCACAAUAUGCUCAAGUAAAGAACGAAGCUGAAGAAGUCGUUUCAUCCACCACCACAUCCAUUGACACUGCUCAUUCUGGACUGCGACCUUUGGUACCGCGACCCUCAUCAUCGCAAAAUACUCGAGAUUUGGCCAAAGUAGUUGGACAGAUUCGGCCAAAAGUUGAUUUGGAAGAACGACGUGCGUCUCCAACCUCAUCAACGUCCACGGCCACACCUCCGAUGCAAUCUCACUCGCCUGCUCCGGCCGUCGGAACGAAUUAG